AUGGCGGAUUUGCAAGAAGAAGCAAAUUUAGAAAAUAUCAGCUCUAAACAAGAGUUUAUCUCUCUACUCCCGAUAGAUUAUUCAUAUUUCAUCACCAGCAUUGAAAAAGCUAAUGACGAUAAAGAUGACUAUAUAGUUAUUUUCCGUAUCAAAGGUAUCACCACUGAGGAAAAAGCCAGGGAAUGGUUUGCCGGUUUUCAAGAAUCUUCCAAGAUGACAUACAGAUUAGAUCGCACUUACCCUGACUCUGGACGAAAGAAUGUGUGGAAGGCUGAUUUCAGAUGUCAUCAUAAUACCAGGAACAAAAAAACUGUGGGAAAAGGGAAAAACUUUGAAUGCAAAAGUAAUCUGACUAUCAUUGUCAAACGUGUGUUGGAAAAUACUAGAUCUGCUGACCCAUAUAUAAAAGAAUGGCCAACAAUAGUAAUCAUCAAAAUGUUUCACAACCACCCUCUUGAUGCUGCGCCUGCUUUAAAAUUUCGCUCAGUCAGUAAGGACAUUGAAAAAAAGUUAGUUGAGUUAUAUCAUGAUGGACACACUCCACUAACUGCACUUAAAGCACAUAAAGUUGACCUCAUGCUUGAACAUGGGGAUAACUAUACCGCUGUGCAGCAGGAUCGUAGACUCUGUCCUGAUCAGGCAUAUUGUUAUAGACUUUAUUAUAAAACAAUUGGUGGCCCAAUCAAAAGUUCUGAUAAAAGUGCAGGUGGAGGAGUCAAUGCAAAAGAUAGUGUGAAGUCUAAGACGAAAAAUAAGAAGAGUAAGACUGAAGUUGUGCCAAAUAUUUUAAGGAGAUCGCGAGGUAAGAGAAAGGAGAAGCAAAAUAAUGUUCCCUUAUCUGAAAUUGUCCUUCUCUCAGUGUCACAAAGUACAGAAGUUGCUGAUCAGAACGUUGUUGUCCAAAAGGGUGAUGGUUCUUCCAUGAUUGUGCAGUCAAUGCCAGCUGCCCAGAUGGAAGAGCUACAAGCAGCAGUGCAGGCAUUGGAGCAUGGAGCCAGCUAUGCCGACCUACAGUCCUUGGGGUUGGCAUUCUCUCAGUCGCCAACUGUUCACCCAUUUCAACCCCUGAAGGAUACUUCCGGCUCAGUAAAACAGGAAUGGGCUCUGAACGAUGGCAAUGGUGUGUUGAAUGUCUCACCAGCACUGGAAUGUACCUGUGGUCAAGACCCUGUAUCUUCUCCUGAUAGAAAUGUUCCAGAGCCAGCACUGCCUGAUACUGGGGAUGCUAAAGGUCAUUUUGACAAUGAAACGGACCACUUUCCGACUCCUCUUUCUGAACCAUUGGGACUACAUGUACCUUCUUCUAGUGAAAACAAUGCCAUGGAUGUAACAUUGAGUAUUCCACCUGGAUGUGUUUUGAAUGAAGCAAUGGACCAUUCUCCUCAGCUCCAAAGCUCGCUUGAACAGUCGCCUAUUCCAGGAACACCAAAUAACUGGCAAGGGAUUUCACAACUUCAGUCCGCACCCCGUUUCACGCAAGCUGCAAUAGCUGUACCUGGUCAGCAUUACCAAGACAGUCCUCAACAACAGUACUAUCCAACUCAGAUGCAUCACUUCCAGCCACUUCAUUCUCAAGUUCAAUCACAAAUUCCACAGCACUUCAGUCAUAUUGGUGUGGAGCAAGCGUCCAGUCAUCUCCAGCAUUUCCCUAUUUCCCCGAAUCUGCAGACUAUCGUCCAGACAAGCCAUCCCGUAUUGAAAUCCAUCCUGACUGAAACCUCAAAUUAUACAAUGCAACAGAAUGUAUCAUCCCCGACUGCCGGUCAACAAGUCUAUUCAGACACCAACCAUCAAGGAGGUUUUCGGCAGGUACCUCCGCCAAGUGCAUCGAGGCCAGACAGCGUGGUAGUGCCUAAUCAUCAUAUGCAGCAAUACCCGAUGGAUAUCGUAGCUGAGGGAGUCGUAUCAGAUGUUGCUGGUGAGGCAAUCGUAUCAGACAUGCAGCAUCCUCCCUUUAUCAUAACUCGAGCAAGAGAACAGGAACAGACACUAGAGACAUGGGUGGAUGGAUUCCUGUCACAACUCAGAGAUAAGUUUUUGUUGAACGAUCUUUAUCAAACGGCAUUUGCAAGAUUACGAAAGAAUGUUGAACAAAACGCCAGGACAGACCUUGCCCUGUGUUCUGCCCUCAGCAACUUUGCAAAGCGACCUCUCAAAGCUGACAAGCCAAACAUGAACGUCAUAUACAACCCUGAUACAUGUAAGACCAAAGCUGCAUCAUCCUCAGGUGCAAGUUCUAAACAAACGUCGUCUGGCCCAAGGCAUAAUGAAGGCAGUACAAGUUUCAGAUAUGCAACUCCUCGAAUGAACAGAUUUCAUUUCCGAUCCAGGACGCGUUUUCCCUCUAAGAAGCAGCGGAAUGCAAGGGUUGGGAAGUAUGUCAUGGAAAGGGAUAAAUUUGGUCGAUGGAAGCGGACGUACAAAAGGAAGCUAAAGACAGUCCAGUUGCACGCAUAUGAGGCUCCUGGUCUCAGAGAAAUUUUAGACGGGUUUGAUACUGUGGAGUCUGAACAGCAGCGUGAAAGAGAGAAAGAAGGGGCUGAAGCACUGCUGCAAAUGGAGGCCCGGGUUGUUGUAAAGCCUGGUGUGUCGACAUUGGAAAGUGUCAAAGAUGGUGGUGUGCAGGACAUUGUUUCAGAUAACAGUCCAAGUGAAGUUAUAGAUGCAAGUGAAUGUGAACAGGUUCUCAUGGAUGAUGGACAGUUUAACAGCUUCUGCCCAGCUGAUACAUGUUCUGGUGAUUGUUCUGUUGCUGUGCUAUCUAAUUCUGUACCAAAAACUACUCAUGGCAAUCACUACAAAAUUGUUGUUUUAAACACUUCUGAGGUCCCACCUCAUGCUGGGUCUUCUUGUGAUUCUCCACAAAAGCAAACAAAUACUCCUGGUGCUUUGAACAGAUCUGAAGUAUUACCUAGUGCUGCUAGUGUUGAUAAGAGUGCUCCAGAUACUGAUAGUUCUGGAAAAGAAGAGGCUGCUGUAUUAUCAUCAGAGAUCACACAGAUUCAUAGUACUCAUUGACUCUUGAAGGGGACACUGUAUUUAAGGAGAGCAGUGCUGGGUGUUUAUUUAUGGAAGUAAAGGCUCUUUGGCAAACUUGUUGUGAAUUUGUAUUUGUUACAUAGAUGUUUAAAAAACGUCUUCAUUGCCUCUAUGCAUAUUUACUAAGAUAUAUUUAUUUUGGAGAGACAUUUACUUCUACACCUUGAAAAGGUCUGAAUGCAUAUUUUGGGCUCUACUGCCAAGAGGGUUAAUUGGUUAGAUGGUUUCUCCAUCUUCUACAAAAAUUUCAUUUCUGGGUAUUGGUCCUACUCUUUGUCUUAGAUUGCUUAUUUCUUCCAGUUAAAUUUUUUUGGCGAUAAAUUGUUGAUUACGUAAAUCAUUGAAAAACUCCUUUGUGCCACAGUCAGUCGAACUUUCAGCGGUAUUGCCUCCGUAGCCUCCGCCCAUAUUGCCUGGAAGCUGGGCAAUGUCAAUACAUUGAGGGGAAUUAUCUGUUGGUGAUGCCAGACUUUUGUUUUUGUUCAAAAUUACACAAUUUCUGAGCUUUGGAUACUGUGUGUUCUCAAAUGUACAGUCAAGCUCAACGCAUGCUGAUGUACAACUCGGAUGAAGGAUACUGUUACUCCAUCAAUAUCCCAAUAACACCACAGUGUACAUGUACUUCUGUAAUAUGCAGUUUGUUAUAAGGCCAGUUCAUUGAUGUAAAAAGUGAGCGCUAUUAGAAUACCAGUGGCGAUGUGGUAUCCUGUUGGUUUUGUUUUGUUUUUGCCUUUAUUAUGAAAAGUUGGGAGAUGACUGAAAUAAAGUCACA